AUGAGUGAAUCCUCAUCUUCAUUAAAGAACCCAAACAAGGGCAACGGAGCCGACUAUGAAAAGUAUUCUUUUACUCAAACCUUGGCAGAGGUUACCGUCCAUGUUCCUGUACCAGUAGGAACCACGGGAAAACAAGUAAAUGUGGUGAUUUCUCCAAAUCAUUUGAAAGUUGGGCUCAAAGGAGGAGAAACAAUUAUUGAUGGAAAAUUAAAUGAAAAAGUUAUUGUGGACGAUUCGUUUUGGCAAAUUGAUGACAAGAAGGAAGUCAUUGUCUUUUUACAAAAAGCAAAUACCAUGCAAUGGUGGAAUAAAUUAACAGAAAAUGAUGCUGAAAUUGACACGAAAAAAAUUGAACCAGAAACAUCCAAGCUCAGCGAUUUAGAUCCAGAAGCAAGAGCAACAGUUGAAAAGAUGAUGUAUGACCAACGUCAAAAACAAUUAGGAUUACCAACAUCCGAAGAAAAACAAAAGCAAGAUUUAUUGAGAGAGUUGAUGGAAAAAAACCCAGAAGCGUUCAAACCCCCACCACGUAAACAUGAUGACUAG